AUGGAGUCCGAAAAAUCUCACGUUCAAGAUUUUAACGUUGAGGACAAUGAAGUAUUUCGAACACAAUAUUUUGAAACGGAAAAUAUUUGGUCAUUACUCGGGUACUUGAAAUAUUGUAGCAGAAAUAGAAUGUUAGAGACAAAAGAAAUCGAACACUUCCGCUAUUCACAAUAUCUUAAUUCGAUGUUAAACGUACCAGGAUUAAAACGUAAAGCACACAAGGCAUUGAGGGACUUAACUAGCAUAUAUCAAGCGGAUGAAAUACUAUUCAUUUGCAAGAGAUUUUCCAUAAAGGAUUCAAAGCAAGAGGCUGAAUUAAAAGAUUUUUGGCUAGGAUAUUUAAGUACUUCCUAUCACAAAAACGAAGAUUUUACUUUCGAUGCACAAAGUAAUAAUUUGUAUGUACAUAAAGAUAAUCUUCUCGAUCAAUUUUUAAAACAAUGUGAACAUAUGUCAGAUGAUUCUAUGAGAUUACGUUACAUGAGAAAAAUCAUUUAUUUGAAUGCACGCGAAUUUAAAUGGAUCUCGGUGGAUGAUGUGAAUCACGAAAUUGCACAACUGCCUUUGAUCGCCAAUAUAUCCGAAAAUCUUCCUUAUUUUUUGAGACAAUUAGAUAAAGAGACUGAAUUUUCUACCUGGAGAGAACUAACAAAAUGGGCACGGAAGCACUAUUAUUCUGAAUUCGCAGAUCAGGUCUGGCCAACGCGAUCCAAACAUGAAAAAAUAAUUGUAGAAUAUAUCCAAGAUAUACUUAUUCAUUAUGGUGAAUACUUUAGCGAACCUUAUGAGAAGGGUUUAUCGGAAGGUGCCAUUCACUUCAACCAUAUCAUCCCUUUAACUAAAAUUUUAAGAGAAUACUGUUUGAUUAUAAGGCACGCAGAUAAGAGCAGAAACACAAUAAGGGGUAGUGGAAAAAGGACAUGUCUAAGGGGCAAAAUUGAUGGAUAUGAAUUUUUUACGCAUGAAAAUUCUCUUGCCAAAGAGGGCUCAGCCGAAUUUGUAAGGGAUGAGUUCAAGAUUGCUAAUUAUAACCGUGAUAAUCUUUUCGUAUAUUGGAAUGACAUUUUUCGUCAAGCACCAGCAACGUUUAAUCAAUUUAAAGAACAGCUCCAACAGAUACGAGUUUGGGGCCUACAUCUAUCAAAUCAACUAGAUGAGCGUAACGGAUUGCACCUGAAGGACCAGACUGUUGGGUAUUCAAGUCUAAGCCAACCAGUUGAAGCUAUGAUCAACACGGAAUCCAUGAAACUCGCAAACUACACGAAGAAAUCAAGGAAAAACUGUGGAAAAUCGGGAGUAACUAAUCGCCUUUUGCGUCGCGUAAAGUUCUAUGCAGAUGUCCUGUAG